AUGUCGACUUCGAAGAACCAAACCGGGGCCGGAACUGGAAAUACGAGGGUCAGAAAGGGUGAUGAUACAACUACAACUACAGCUACAGCUGUAAUCCCCAAAAAACACCGUCUCAGCCGCGCCUUCACCUUAACACUCUCCCAUCUCUCGACGCCUCUACAUCCCCUCGUCUCAACGACAACGGGUCUUCCGCAUCCAGAAUUUCCCACGUCCCUGCUCAAGUACCAUUUACUCACGGAUGAACAAUUGGAUUCCCUCGCGAGACAUUACCAUCAGUUCUACCCGCCUCUUCCAGAGACAUACCGGUAUCCGAUGCUUAUCAAGCCGUGGGUUGGGAUCGAUUCGACUGUCGAUCUUAGUGUGAAGAGGAGGCGGUUUGGGAGGUUCAUUGGGUUGAGGGGGUGUGAGUCUCCUGUUUCUUCGAGUUAUGAUGACGAGGAGAUUGAUGUUGGUUCUUACAACGAUGGUGAUGGUUAUAGCCAUCUCGAUAUACAUGCCGAUGGACAUGAUCGAAUGGAAGAAGAUGCGCAGCGGGUUCUGGAGCAAAUGGAGAAGGAAUGGAAUAGGGCGUUGGGACGGGCGAGAGAGGAGGAUGGGAACAGGGCUUUGGGAAGGAAAUGGGGGUUCUAUUAG